CAAGGUUGAAGAAUAGAAGUUAGGGCCAAAAUUUGUGUAUACUACUUUGUAUUAUUCGAUCCCCAUACCCUUGAUUUGAGUCCUCGGGAAGCUUAAGUAGGUACUUGGCUGACCAUAAAGAAAGCUUCAUAUUUUGUUUGGAGCGAAUUAUUUCAUGAUUAUUUACCCGUCUGAAAUAUUAUUAUACUAAACCCAACUACCUGUUCCCGAAAUGCCCUUCCUAUCAACACCCCUGACACUCGCAGCCACAGGUGGCAUCUUGGGAUCCGCAUGGAUAUCAGGCAAUAUCACUGCGCUGUCGAUCUGUGCCGUACCGGCAGUCCUCCAUAGUGGGACUACAGCAGAGGGUCUUCUAAGGGGAUGGUAUCUACAGUUCACUAGAGGAAUGUACUACCUGCCAACGAAGGGUGCGGCAAUUGCGCUGAACUACUUCUACCUAGCCUCCCGGCAUCAUAAGCGUGGGCUUGAAUGGAGGGGGUAUGCGGCCGGGGCACUGUCGAAUUUAUUGCUCAUCCCCUUCACGGUGAUCUUCAUCGGCAGGAUCAAUAGCAAGAUGAUCACGGCUAACUCGGGCACGGGCAAGCAGCUGAGUCAAGAGGCUGUCCGACAUCUGAUUGAUUUAUGGGGAAAGUUGAAUGGUGUUCGAAUCUUUAUGCCGCUGGUUGGGGCUGCUCUGGGGUUAUGGAAUCUCCUACAGUGAUUACGGGAGCUUCCGAUAUGGCAGAAGGAAAAGACCAAAGCGAGAGGUAGGAAGCUAUGAUCACUCUGUACUUUAUAUUAUAAUAUUAAAUAGGCCACAGUGAUAGGGGGAAUUUGGGUUAUAUCGUCG